AUGAUGUUCUUGUUCAGCUGGCUCACCUUCGUUUUGGACAUCUUCUUCUUGGACAUUUUCUUUUUCGACAACUCGGGAUUGAACAUCGGCCAUGAAGACAUCCUCCCACAGUAUCUUCCCUUGUUGGCGGAUUAUAAACUUGUUCCACCCAUCAACAAUAGGAUUUCAUCUCCAAAAUCGUCGGAUCUUCUUCGUCACUCAAAUUCCUCAAAGAAGAAGAUUAAGUUCCCGGUGACAAGUCUCAAUUCCGGAGACGGCGCAAAUCUCAGCACGAUACGCUACUAUCACAUUAGAGGAAAGUGGCAUUUCAAAAACUGGAAUUUGAAGUUCUUUAAAAAACUGUUCUAG